AUGGCAGAAUGGCACGUCGACCCAGCAGAACAAGGCUCCUACAUCGGGUACCCAGCCGGCUCGCAGUUAGCUUUGGAACCCUCGCAAGGGAAGCCAUAUGUCUUUGAUAGAGUGUUACCUCCUAAUACCACCCAGGAGCAAGUUUAUAAUGCCUGUGCCAAGCAGAUUGUUAAAGAUGUUCUUGAAGGCUACAAUGGCACAAUCUUUGCUUAUGGACAGACGUCAUCAGGCAAAACGCAUACUAUGGAGGGGAAACUGCACGACCCUCAGCUCAUGGGAAUCAUUCCAAGAAUUGCACAUGACAUCUUUGAUCACAUCUAUUCCAUGGAUGAAAACCUGGAGUUUCAUAUAAAGGUUUCCUACUUUGAAAUAUAUUUGGACAAAAUAAGGGACCUACUUGAUGUGUCAAAGACAAACCUCGCUGUACAUGAAGAUAAAAACAGAGUCCCAUAUGUUAAGGGUUGUACAGAAAGAUUUGUAUCUAGUCCUGAAGAAGUUUUGGAUGUCAUUGAUGAAGGGAAAGCUAACCGUCAUGUAGCCGUUACAAAUAUGAAUGAACACAGCUCUAGGAGCCACAGUAUCUUCCUCAUUAAUAUUAAACAAGAGAAUGUGGAAACUGAGAAGAAACUCAGUGGGAAGCUGUACCUGGUAGACUUGGCUGGGAGCGAGAAGGUCAGCAAAACUGGAGCCGAGGGAGCUGUUCUUGAUGAAGCUAAAAAUAUCAAUAAGUCUUUGUCUGCUUUAGGCAAUGUGAUAUCUGCCUUGGCAGAAGGAACUAAAACCCAUGUUCCAUACCGCGACAGCAAAAUGACCCGAAUACUUCAGGAUUCCCUUGGUGGGAACUGCAGAACCACCAUUGUGAUAUGCUGUUCUCCUUCUGUGUUCAACGAAGCAGAAACAAAGUCGACCCUGAUGUUUGGACAGCGAGCUAAGACGAUUAAGAACACGGUCUCUGUGAAUCUGGAGCUGACGGCAGAGGAGUGGAAGAAAAAGUACGAGAAGGAGAAAGACAAAAACAAGAGUCUAAAGAAUGUUAUCCAGCAUCUAGAGCUGGAACUGAACAGGUGGAGAAAUGGAGAAGCUGUGCCUGAAGAUGAACAGAUCAGCGCGAAGGACCAGAAGAACCUGGAGCCUUGUGAUAACACCCCGAUUAUUGACAACAUCACACCGGUUGUUGCCAGCAUCUCGACAGAGGAGAAACAGAAAUAUGAUGAGGAGAUUGCCAGUCUCUACAGACAGCUAGAUGAUAAGGAUGACGAAAUCAACCAGCAGAGCCAGCUGGCUGAAAAACUAAAGCAACAAAUGUUGGAUCAAGAGGAGCUUUUGGCCUCCACUAGGAGAGAUUAUGAGAAGAUUCAAGAGGAGCUAACCCGUCUUCAGAUUGAGAACGAAGCAGCAAAAGAUGAAGUGAAAGAGGUCCUUCAAGCCCUGGAAGAAUUAGCUGUCAAUUAUGACCAGAAAUCCCAAGAAGUGGAGGACAAAACAAGGGCCAACGAGCAGCUGGCUGAUGAGCUGGCACAGAAGAGUAGUGUCCUGACAGUGACCCAGAGGGAGCUGGGCCAGUUGCAGGAGCUCAGUAACCAUCAGAAGAAGAGAGCUACAGAAAUCUUGAACUUGCUGCUUAAGGACCUGGGAGAGAUUGGAGGAAUCAUUGGUACUAAUGAUGUUAAAACUGUAAGUUGUCUGUCCUUAUUGCUUGCCCCCCACACUUCCUGCAAUAUAAAAAUACUUGCUAUGGAAUGCGUGUGA